AGUGCUUGGCCUAUCGCGGUGCCCUCGAGUGUAUCUCUGUCCUAUCGGGUGCUGUGUCUCCACUGCGUCUCCCGAACGGAACAGUCCUCGUCUUCGGCUUUGAAAUUCAACUGCCGUCACUUUAUAGGAGCAUUUAUUGUAAACGCUGUGUUGUCCAACCAACUCAGACGUUAUCGUCUGACUAUGUAACUCCAUGUGAAUUUCCGAGCAAACAACGUAAAAGGGAACCAAACUUGGUCGAGGAAAGUCGUAGCAGCUAAGCUAGCUAGCGAGAAAUAUGCCGAAUUUUUGCGCGGCCCCGAACUGCACACGGAAGAGCACGCAGUCGGAUUUGGCAUUUUUUCGUUUUCCAAGGGACCCUGAGAGGUGUCGAAUCUGGGUAGAGAACUGCCGCCGGGCAGACCUGGAGGCCAAGACAGUAGAUCAACUAAACAAGCACUAUAGAUUAUGUGCCAAACACUUUGACCCAUCACUGGUGUACAGAACAAGCCCCUACAGGACGGUGCUGAAGGAUACGGCUAUUCCCACCAUGUUUGACUUGACCAUCCGCCCACGGAGUCUACGUGACAAGCAUCACAAGCAGAUUAAAGAACUUACGGAGGAGGACUUAAAACGAAUCAAGGAAAGGAGAUUGGCAGCAGCUGCUGCGUCCAAAAAGGAAGCCGCCGUUGAGGAAAGCACCAGCGAGCCCCAGCUGUCCACAGAGGAGAAGGAGCUUCGCAGUUACCUGAGGUCUUUGUUUGAGGUCAUAAUCAUGCUGGCGAAGCAGAGCAUCCCACUGGAGACGUCUGAAGUUUCAGCAAGCGAGGAUGUGUCCAACAACUUUCAAGCCCUGCUGGAUUACCGCAUAAACGCUGGAGAUGAGGCACUGAGGAAGCGCUUUGGGGGCACUGCCGUUAACGCCGAGUACCUCUCCUCCACACAGCUGGGCCAGCUUCUGGAUGUGUGUGAGAACACGGUGAGGGAGGAGAUGCUCAUGGAGGCGAGGGAGAGUCGUAUCUUCUCGCUGGUUACAGCCGACCUGGUCGACUUUGGCAACGAGAAGCACCUGCCGCUUUUCCUGCGCUUUGUUAACCAGCAGAACAUCCUCCGCGAGGAGUUUUUGGACUUUGUGCCAUUCAGCGGUGACGAGGCGGCGCUGGUGGAGAGGCUCGAGGCGCAGCUGACUGAGCGUUGGGGGCUCAGCAUGGAGGAUUGCCGCGGUCAGGCUCACAAGGUCACGGGGGCGUCUGCCACCAAGAUGAAGGCCGUGGCCGUGCUCCUGACGGAGAAGUACCCGCUGGCCUUUCACAUGCCGUGCUCGCACAUGCCGCUAAACAUCCACCUGGCCAAUAGUCUCCCUUUCCCCAACGUCCAGAUCCUCAUGGAGACGCUGAGGAGGCUCCGCGUCUUCUUCAAAAGAGCGGGCGCGCACGCACAGCUGGAGAAGGCGAUAUCCGCUCACUACCAGAAGAACGAGGACAAAGCGGCGGCGCUAACGCAAGCCUCCUGCAGCACCUGGACCGAGCAACACAACGUCUUUGACGUGCUGCUGGACAUCCUGGUACCGCUCGUAUACUGCAUGGACGCCAUUCACAACAACGCAGAAGACGUAUUUGACCGUGCUGCCAUAGCCGAUGCACGGUCCCUGGCCGAAAUCCUUGCCGACUUUGAGAUGGUGAUGACCGUGAUCGUGCUGAAGAAUGUCCUCACGUUCACCAGAGCGUUCGGCAGGAACCUCCAAGGCGACACUCAGGAUGCAUUUAGUGCCGCCAACAGCCUGACUGCGGUCAUGCAUUCGCUAAACGAGGUCAACGAUAACAUCGACAUCUACCAUGAGUUUUGGUACGAGGAGGCGGUGAGCGUGGCCGCUUCCAUGGAGAUUCCGGUGCGUGUCCCGAGGCUUUUUAUUCAGAGGCAGCGUGCGGCCGACAUGGGAGAGAUCCAAACGGAGGCCUACUACAGGGAGUAUGUGACGCUCCCCAUCAUCCACAGCGUCAUGCAGGAAGUGGAGGAGAUGUUCUCCGAGGUCAACGUCAAAGCCCUCAAAUGUCUCUCACUGGUGCCGGCCAUCAUGGGCCAGAUGAAGUUCAACACCACCGAGGAGAACGACGCCAGCGUUUACCACAACGACCUGCCCAAUCCCGAGACGCUCCCCGCCGAGCUCCACUGCUGGAGGAUCAAGUGGAAGCACCGCGGCAAGGAGGUACGCCUGCCCACCUCCAUCCACGAGACGCUGCAGCUGCCCGACAUCAAGUUUUUCCCCAACGUCAAUGCUUUCCUCAAGGUGCUCUCCACGCUGCCCGUGCUCAAGGUGGAGGAGCAGCAGGGAGAGGCGGCGGGCACGCGGCUGCAGGCCUACCUGGACAGCGUACCGGUCAGGCACCGGAACCGAAGCCUCGCCGUGCUCCACGUCAACGCCGAAGUCAAGCCGGACUUGGACGUCAUGGUGGACAAAUACUGCAGGCUGUACCCAGAGGACGAGGCUGAACUGGAGGCCGAACCUGAGGAGGUACCUGAGGAGGAAGCCAUGAAGUGAAACACAACUGUGUUUGCUAACACAAACAUUAGCGAUGUGUGAAUGAGGCUACUUUUCUGGUAUUCCAUACAGGCUUUUAUUUGGUGUGUGACGCCCGCAAGGCCGCCUGACAUUCCGUAGUGUGAGGAGUAUUCUUUUUCAUACAGAGCUUCUCCCGGUGUGGCUGGUGCAUGUGCAGAGGUAUUGAACGCAUCACUGACAGAUAUGUUGAAUAAAUAACCCAAGUUCUUGACCAAGUGGUUAGCGCUAGGCCACAUAGCUAGGAGAUCCGAGUUCAAGUCCACCCUCGGCCAUUUCUGUGUGGAGUUUGCGGUUACUGUGGUUCACUUUUAACCGCAGUUGCCGUAGAAUGGCCACAGGAGGGCGCCACCUCAGCAAAUGCGACCGAUUUCUCAGGUCCACCUGGUAAAUCCUGUCCAGGAAACCGCAUUUGACUCCGUGUUGUUUGUUGUAGGUUUAUGUUUAGUAGGCAGUGUAACAAUGCCGAUAGAGAUGUAUUCUUCCUUCCUUACCCACCUACCACUAUCUGCUAUAUUAGUAUGUCCUCUUUCCUGGUUUGAUAUUUGAAUAAAACA